CAGCUUUGGUAACACAAUGGCUGAAAAACAACAACCAGCCAUGAGGAAACUACCCAUCCCUCCUCUGCCUACGACAGCAUACACAGCAAAGACGAGGAAAACGAAUAAGACCAACGACGAAAAGCAAGCUAAAAAGAAAGAGUGUGACCGAGCACGAAAUAAAACAAGAAUUAACAUCGGUGCAGCUUUUCCGAGGUGGAGGGAGCUACAGGAGCUGAAAGGAUUCAAAAACGAUGCCCAGUUAGCCACAUUUCUGCUCGACAGUUAUCUUCAGACCAAGUCAGAGAAUCAAUCCGAACUGCCAAGCCUGGAAAGGGAGUCUUCAUCUGAAACCUGUGAAAGUGUGCCUCCUGAAUACCAGUUUAUGAUGACCUCACCAAGUGAAGUUGAGCAGGAAACUUCGGUCCAGUCUUCUGAAAAUGGAAUGGAGUCCGGGAAAAAAGCUGUUGAACGAAGUCCGAAAAGUCAAGAUCACUGGACGAUAACCAACCAGUCAGAAAAUAAAGAAAAUAGAGAUAUUAAAGAAGACAAAGAUGAGGAAUUCAGCACCUCGUUAAGUGUGGGAGACGGAUGCUACCUGGUGGAUCUUGGGAGCUCGUCGGAGUUCAUCGUCGACGAAGAGUGCCUCCUCCAGCUGUUCAAGUCGUGCCGGGAAUGCAGCAGACAAUGUACGGUUAGAAAACGUGUCACAGGACUGAAGCUCGUGGUUAGCCAGACGUGCGAUUACUGUCAGAGACGCUUGAAAUGGACUAACCUGCUAGAUGAUGACGACGACGGGGAUUUCCAGAUAAAUGGAAAAGAUUCAGCACUUGGACAGACCAACUCAGCCUGUUGAGGGACU